AUGGCUUCAUACAUUUCAGUGAAGCCAAGUGUAACAAUCAAUUGUCGCAGUUCCGUCACAGUGGAUGAAGGCAAAGACUUCACAGUGGAUGAAGGCGAAGACUUCACAGUGGAUGAAGGCGAAGACUUCACAUGUGUAUGCAGAGGUGAAAAUGGGAACCCUCCUGCUGACGUCACAUGGUAUAAAGAUAACGUACAGACUGGUACAAGAGAAAAAGAAGAACAGACAUUGACUCGAAGUAAUGUUAAUGUAACAGACGAUGGAACUUACAAGUGUAAAGCACAAAGUCACACUCUAACGGAAGAAAAAUCAAUUGUAAUAAAAGUAAGACCUAAUGGUAAGUAUAAUUGAUACUUAUAGUGAGCAUAUAAUAAAUACAUGCAUGCAGUUUAAUUUCUUGUCAGAUCUUUGGCUGAUACUUUAGUUAUACAGUAUUCACUGAUGUCCUUUUGAACAAUAUAUGAUUUUAUUACAUUUUAAUGAGACCAAAUGUGGCAAUAGAUUGUUCCAGUCAUGUGACAUUCUAAUGUGAAAGUGAAGGUGGAAACCAUGCUCCUGCGCAGCCGACUUGACCUAAAAAGUUUCAAAUUUUAGGAUUGUAUAAUGAUUCCUUUGUAGCUCUCUGAGAUUUCACUGCAGGGUACGGUUAUUUAUCCACCUAGCAUACUGUAGUUAAUGUAACCAGGACGUCUGCGGUAGGAAAAAGGUUAAAAUAACCAGGAAUAUUUUGUUAGUCCAAAUAGGGUUAUUUCUAUAUAAGUUAACCAGAACAUUUUAACCAGAGUGCUUUUAGAGUGCGUGUAUGUAUAUUAUUAUAAGCUUGUUACUCACAAACGAAAGCAACUGUUUGGUUAUUUUCAUAAGUAACAAAGAGGUUUUGUUUCUUCGCAGCUAAACCUAACGUUACAGGCAUUACGUUUGAACCAAACCCAGUUGAAGUUGGUAAAACAGUCACCAUAACGUGUGUUGAAUCUGAGGGUGUUCCUGAGCCAAGUUAUAUCACAAGUCAUAAUGGUGAAGUGGUCGGCAGUAAGAAGAUGUUUACGAUAUCUGUAAAGCGGAGUGAUCAAGGACCAUACACAUGCGUUGCACAGAAUAAACUUGGCAGUCAUUCAGCUACCGCUAAUUUAACCGUCGUAGGUAAGAUUAGGUUUUAACACACGUGGGAUUAUAUAAACAUGGAAAGGAAAAGUCGGUAGCAUAGGUACAUGGGGCGAGCGGUAAUAUUCACCUGACGUUAUUUGGUGAACGCCAGAACAACGAGGUAAUUUAAGGAAAUAAAGUUAAACGACCCCCAAAAAAAAAGCGAAAAAUAUAUAAGCGUCUUGAAAAGCUAUAUAUAUGGACUAAACCAAGACGUACAAUGGUUAUGUUUCAAAAUCAUCAUCAGACCAUCAUCAGUUGGUCUGUUAAUCAUUGUGCCUAACAAUUUGAAUCCAUGUAAAGUACAUAACUUGGGUGUUCAACAUGUUUUCGUUUUUUUUUUGUUUUGUACUUGGUGAAGUCCAUACUAUGUUUAUAUGCAGGUAUUGUGAGUGCAUAGAAACCUACUUUAUCAUGAUAUGUUUAUUAUUUUGUCCUGGGUUGAAUUGUGAAGACAUGCAAGCUUACAUGCAUUAUGGGCUUUAGGCAUACAUGGAAUUCAGGUAUAUGCAGUAUUAAAGUAUAACAUUUGACAUAGAAUUCAAGGUAUCAAGAUGGAUAACCAUGCAGUAAUAUAUCAGGGGCCAGUUGUAUCAAGCCCGUUUAGCUUAAGGUGGCUCGAUAUAGUUAUCACAAGAACCCUGCUCAAGAAUCGCGAACUCAAAACCGGGUGCCCAUUUUUACGCGCAGGUCGCGGAAACUGAUUAACAAAAUGAAAGAACUUCCAAAAUGACAUGACGUUAGCAGUUGCUCGCGCCAUAUCACGCCAUUGCGCGUGGUCUAUAGCGUUUUAUGUCAAUUGUUGACGUCAUUAGAAUUUUCCAUUUUAGAAAAACAAUGCGCUAUAUCUCUUUAUUUUGCCUGGUGACCUAUGUUCAAAUUUUGCAUGCUGUAUUGCAGCGUUAAAAACUUUCAUUAUACAAAAAAUAAAAAAAUUCUGUAAUGCCAAAAAAAAUUUACCGAAGAAUAUGACAUUUUCGCAUUUUCCAAAAAAUUGACAUUACAGAAUUUUUUUAUAUUUUGCUAAUUGUUAGCUUUUCGUCCAAGUAAAACAAUGCACGAAAAAAAAUUGGGGGUCACCAUGCUUCUUUUCCAACUAUACGAGACGAAAGACCAUUUUGGAGUGAAUUUCGUACACGUAUGUCGUCAUAGCAACGAAUUAUCUGUUAGUAAAACUAAUAUAAUUUGAAAGUAGAGUUAUCAAAAUAUAUAAAAACCCCAAUAUCUGCUGAAUAAAUCCUAAAAAUGCGUAGUUUGGACAUGUCAAAGUGUUGAACACCUGAAUUUUUGAAAACUGUAUCGAACCACCUUAAACGGUGGUUAAGCUCAAAAUAGAAAGCAAGUCUAUAGAUCCAUUCAACAACCAAACUAAAAGUUUUGAACCUUAAUAGAACGAUAUUGUUUAUAACUACAUAUUCAGUGCAGAAUAUUUAAGCUAACUGAUUCACGAGAGAUAUAAGAGUGUUAUUUAAUUUUGACUUAUCCACCGUUUAAGCUAAACGUGCUUGAUACAACCGGCCCCUGUUGUUUGCAUGGUUAUUUUCACUUGGUAAAUUGUUGAUACAACCUAGCUAAUAUAUAUAGCUAUACGGCAUAUGUGUUUCUUAUGACUUUUAUUAUACAAUAAUUGAUAUAGCGUCUUGAUUAGGAACGAGUAUAUUUAAUGAGAAUGGAUCGUUUUACCAAAUUAUACGUGUAAGGUAGCGAGGAGUUAAAAUGUUAUCAUGUUAUUUAUGCAAGUUCAUACUAAAUCUUUAGCAAUCUUUAUUACCAUUAAUCAGUAAAUGAUUUUCAAAAUUAAUACGAAUGAAAUCCAUGAUUUAAUUAUUCUUUUGACGUAGCAAUACAGUGCACGUACAACUUGAUUUUCGAAUGAGACCUGUUUAAUUAUAUCUUUCAAAAAAAAAUCGUUCUGUUAUAAUAAUUUUAUUUUCAAUUGGUAAAUAGAACAAAGAUCAACUACAAAACCACCAUCAACAUCAACACCAACAAGUAAAAAACAAGGCAAUGGAGAAGGUAACACGACACAACCAUGUAACUUCAUUUCAAGCGUGAAGCAGCCAAAUUACAGCCGUUUUUCUUUUCCUUGAAAAUGCAUUAAAACAAUUACAAUUUGUAAUAAAUUCUAAAUCCCUUUGCAAACCUUGUUAAAAUCUAUACUUAUGAUUCCUAGUUUAGACGCUAUAUCAAACCAGUUUGCGUAACUGUUAAUGUGUGCUUAUCCAUUAGAGUGAUUUAUCUUGUUCAUCUUAUUAUGCUGUCACUUCGUUUUGUAAUUUUAUAAAUGUUUGGCUGUUUCACAAAUGAAAUGACCGAGAGAGUCGUUAAAGAUAGGGGACCGUCCGGUCUGCGCAUGCGCACAUAGGAGCCGGGAUAUGAAUAUAUGUAAUCAUGCGAUGGCGAGUACAAUUAAGGAUUAAUAGUACGAGUGAUGUUUGGAAAUUUUGCCAAAAAUUAUUGCUCGUUUAUUGGGAAAAUCAUUAAUUGUACUGCAGUGCAAUUAAUGAAAUAAUUGUACUCCUCUCAACCAAUCAGCAUCCAGUAAUUUUGUCAUGCUAAUAAUAAACACUUUAAUUAGGUUUUUAUUUCAUUUUAUGUUCUUGCAAAGCCUGAUUGUUGUAUCUUGAUCAUUUAUUAUACUGUAGAAGCAUGAAAAUAUAAAUAGUUGAUUAAAGUUCAAUAUUUUGAAUACCGAAAUGUAAACAAAGGCUUUGUUUACAUACGGACUGUACCCUACCUUUCAGGGUUCGGGGUUCAAUCCCAUUAGGGAGCUUAAGCAAGCGACAUUCUUGUCAAAAAAGGGUGACGUCCGUGUGGACAAAAACGUCACUUGCUUUGAGCUCAUUAUUCCAGCAAAAACCCAAAUCCCAGUGGUCCGAAUCCCGUUUUUCCGGUGGAAAACCAGAUUCCAGCUCUUAUAUUUUAUCCAUUCUUGGGCCGGUUGUUUUAAAAGGUAGUUCAAGUUAACUGCAGUUAGUGGAAUUAACUACUAUAUAUUUUUAACUACGACAAUCAGGGUUUCAAAUUACGGCCGAUCAACGGACAUUCUCCGGUCAAAAUUUGAGUAUAUAUUGACCGAACAAAUCCUUGGAAUUCCGGUCAUGUUGCCGGACAAUUCGUAUGCUUUGAAAGGAAAUUUGACUUUCAUAUUUCAUAUAAAAUUACAUGGCAAUUCAAUUAUAUGACAAUUCAUAUAAAAUAUAGAAUUGCUCAAAAUUACAUAAGUGCGUAAUGGACAUGCAGCAGAUCUAACCGGCAGCAGCUAGGCCCUCAUGCCACUAAGCUACAGAGUCCAAUUGCUGAGUUUUAAGCACAAUUUCUUUUGUAUAUGUACUAAGGUGAUGUCAAUGUUAGGUAUAUGGGUAAAUAUUUUCCCAUAAAUUUUAAAUUAUGGUUUCUAUUUUCCUAGACCUUAGUGAAGCCCGCGAACCUUGCAACGCCAACGGUUUUCCUCUUGUCUCUGCAUGUGAUAGAUCACACCAAUAUUGUGAUAUUAUGUGUCAGGUUCACUAUCAAGCCUUUUACCACUCAAACUUCGUGUUCCUCAGGGGUCUGUCGUUGGACCAAUUCUUUGUUAGCAAUGUCGUAAUUUUGGGAUUUCAGUUGACGGGCAGGUGUAACAAAAAACGGCUAUUUUAAUGUAUUGAUCGAGUUUAGAGACAGUUUAAGAUUCAAACGAUGAAUUACCGUUCAGUUUUUCUUGCUACAACCAUUCUGAUAGGAGAAAAAUCGUCCACAAGUUGUUUGAUUGCCCGUCACUUGGAUGAAAAGUCACGUGAUUGCAAACGAAGAAUACUAUUUACGACAUAUGUAAAUGAUUUAUCACCGAAGUUGAUAUUUAUGCGAACGAUACCCCCAUUUCCUCCAGCAGAUACAACUGUGAGAAAAACCAACGUACAUUGCGAAUAGGCUCGGACAGCGACAGUCACUGCAUGGUUCAAAUUCAAUGGUGUGGCACCAGACGCACAAAAAAAUUCUAUAAUUCUAAACAAAUUUUAUAAUUGACUCGUCUCUAAAUUUCGCCAUAUACUAACAAACAGAGAAUGGAUCUGUUUUGGAAUGAUUCAAAAUUAGAUCAUGGGCUUUACAUAUUGAUUACCUCAUCUCUAUUGGGAGAGCAAAGUAUCACUUAACAGUAUACUGUAGAAAACUGUUGUAUAAUACCCUAAUCAAGCCUGUUUUAGAAUAUUGUUGUAGUAAAAAAGGGUGCAUUGUGGCUUCGUGGGUUAACAGGACACAUAUAAGAGUGCAAGACUCCACUCUUGACGAGUAAAAUCGUCCGUUAGACCCAAGUAAAUUAACAAAUUUUGACUUAAAGGAGGAAACCUUUACUCGAUUUACCUUAAUUUGUUUUAGAUACAACCACAGAUGAUGAUGGUGGUGGUGGUCUGAGCGUUGGUGCAAUUGUUGGAAUAGUUAUUGGUGUGUUGGUGUUACUGAUUAUUAUUAUUAUUGUUGUGGUAUGGCGCUGUAAAUUGAAAGAAAGUAAGUUUUGUCGUUGACACUGCACAUUUAGCUUGCGUUCAAUGAUCUUUUUCAUUUUUGAGAUAUUUUGUAACUACUUUAGAGAUAUAACUAGAUAUUUUUGCUGUAACUUAGUCCCUAAAUUGAUGGACAUGGGCAAUGUAAGGCUGCAACUUCCGGACGAUGCCAACAAAAACUUAAUAACAUAGUUGUAUUCCGUAUUGUAUUGGACUCGUAAAGCAAAGAUUGUUGUAAACAAAGAUUGUUGAAACAAAAUUUCAUACCAUUGUUUUAUUAUUGUAUUGUAAAGAAAAUCCAAAAUGACUAAAUAAGAUACUGAGGUAUUUAACAAUUUUUGAUAUGCAAAUUAUCCUCGUUAUGACGUCAUAUUGCAUAAUAACUUUCUGAAAAAAACUUCAAGAUCUUGGGAUAUCGUUCCGAUAUCGAUAUGUUUUUGUCAACAUUCAGUUAUCUGUAGGAAGUGAAAAGUUUUUUCAGAAAGACAUUAUGCAAUGUGACGUCAUAGUGAAGAUAAUUUAUUUGCAUAUCAAAAAUUGUUACGUAUCUCAAGAACGUAGCUAAGAUAGUUUUGCCAAAGUAUUGCAUUUGGGAAAUCUGAAUUUUCUUUACAACGCAAUAAUAAAAAAAUGGUGUGAAGUUUCGGUGUAUAAGCAUGUACUUUAAAUAAAUAAUAAAGGAAUAAUACAGUUCCAAGUAUUGGUCGUAGACAGAACCAGUGAUAGCCCGACUUCGAGAAAGGUACAAAAUAUUUGCCGUUAUUUUUAUUGUUAAGGUUGCAGGAGUAUUUUACGGGGGGGAAUAGGGGGAAUUCCCUCCCGAAUUCUCCCCCUCCCCCUAAUCUGAAAUUAGCUAAAUUCGGGGGGGGGGGGGCGAGCAUUUCCCCCCAAAAUGGAAUGUGAAUAUCAUUAUUAAUAUUAAACUGGUAAGUGGUAAGGCAUAUAACCUUGAGUAUAAAAAUGGGUAAUCACUUAGAGGUGCAGUUGGUGAACCCAGAAUUCAUUUCUAUCUCCUCACUUGGAAAUAGGUGAGCGUAGAAAAUAACGUCUGGGUUUGUGACUAUAGGAAGUGAGAAUUCCCCCCCCCCCCAAUAAAAAACUCUGAAAUUCGGGGGGAUCCACCCAAGUCCCAAAACCUAAAAUACCCCUGAAGUUGUUGUUUAUAUGGAAAUCCCGGUAAGCGAUGUUGUGUACUUAUUUUUUGAAGUAGAAAAUGCAUGCUUUCUUUGCUAGCCCGGUUGUCGAAAUCUCACCUAAACAGGUGAGAUUUCAGUUACCGGAUGAAAAUUUCCCCAUAUGUGGCCGUCUGAAAAGAAAGAUGUUGGCACGUGCUAUUGUUAGAAACUGUCAAAACAUCCAAAUUAAGGUGGUUGUGUUAACGGUGCGUAAUGGGGUGAAGCGGCUUUUUAUUUAUGUGUAUUUAUGUACGUAUUUUGCUGCUUCGGGGGUUGCACCUUGCAUGGGACUUCACGUUCCGUUUGUGCUUAUUCCACUUGAGUCAAUAAUAUAUCAAUUAUAUAUAAUAUUAAUUAUGUUUGUAUAAAUGUACUAAAUAAUGUUUUAAAGAAAAAAAUAUUGUCCGUGCAAGCAGGAGUUUCUCAUCUAAACAAAAGUCAAAAUUCACCUUGCUUAUCAAGCUGUCCUGCUUACCUCGACCUGUCCUGCUUACCUCGACCUGUCCUGGUCCGUAUAAACAGCUCCAAAGCUAUUCGUUUUCUCCAAAGUGUUUUAUGCUUCUUCUCACCUUGUUAUAAUUAGCAGUUUGUAAUUUUCCUCAGAUGUGAUGGGUAUCUUAAUUUCAAAUUUUCCACUUUUUUGAUAAUCAAUUUAUAUAUUUUUUAUUAAUAGACCAUCAUACCUUUUUUAAGAAGGGGGCAGUUGCCCUUUCCCAGGAAUCGGAUGUGUGCAAAAAAAGCGUUUCUGUGACCUAAAAUUUUCAAACAUUUUCCAGGUUUGACACCCGGAUUAACCAACCAAAGCAGAAGAUCACAUGUGCAAAUCAAUCUGAUUUUCUAAGAUCGAGAUUUAAAGUUUAAUUAGUUAUAAGUUAAUUAGUUAAAGUUAUACAUUCACUAUCUAUAUAUCUUGCGCCUUUGGGCAAGCCUUUACAACCCGAAAUUCUCCUAUUUUAUGGAGAAUUCCCUUUGCCCUUCUCCCCUCCCCACACACAUACAGAAUUGAAAUUCCUUUUAAAAGGCAUUGUAAACCUUUCUGCAUGCAACUCAAUGAUUUUUUUUCGAUUUUUUUUUUCAUUUUAUUAUUUUAGAAGAUGGGUACAGGUAAGUAAUGUUUUCAUUUAAAACUUUGUUUUAAAAAUAUUUGAUAGAAAACUUAUUAUCCCAAUGUAAUAUUCUCAUGACUCAUAAUGUGGCUAAUAUUAUCACAAUGUAAUAUUCUCAUGAUAUGAAAAACUCAAGUUUUCAUUGCUGGAUGCUUUUUGGUUUUAGAAAAAUAUAAGAUAAUAAUUAUGAUCCCAAUGUAUUUUCAUCAUAUAUGUUAUACCAAUCUAUGUUCAUCAAUCAUCAUGGGUCAUCCAUAAUUACCAGUAUUUUCGGAAUGAUGAUGAUGGGUCAAUAUAAUUCAACAAUUAAACAUUUAUUCUCACCAUUGCACUCAUAUAAACAUUCAUACUCAUAUGUAUAACAAUUGCCUUGCUAUUUUAGAGGAAAUCAUCGCAACGUUGACCCAAUUGAAAUGGAUAACAACGCCUACGACACGGUUAAAAAUGAACCCUCUGGGAGUAAGAGCAACCCCCAAGCGAGCACUCUCUCCGUGUACGCCGCAGUGGAUAAGAACAACAGAGAAGGAAAACCGGUUUGUGAAAGUUUUAUAUUUUAAGCCUGAGUCUGUAGGUCGAGGGUAGGGAAAGCAUAACAUAUACCUUUCUCUCGAUUGAACUAUUGUUGAAGGGUUUUGUAGAUGGAAAUUUCGAGUGUAAAUCGUAUAUAUUUAUUAGACCUAAACAGGAGAAGUUGCGAGAAAAUGUAACUAUAUGCCCUCAUGGCAGGACCCAAACCUGUGGCCCCACGACUCCAGUACAGCGCUCUAACCAACUGAGCUACUGAGUCCAGUUGUCGGGCUCUCUAUGUGUAUAUACAUGUAUAUUAAAUUAAGCAUAGACUAAGUUUCAUCCAAUGAUAAUUUUUUUACGAAAUUUCUUUACUUUACACCAUGAAAUUUUGCUACUCUUACAAGAAAUCCGCACUAACAGAGCGUCAUUACAAGGUAUUUAUAUUACGGAACUGUAUGGAGCCACCUUAAGGUGGUGCCAUGGUAAGUAUAUGGGUAAAUAUCAGGAUUGUUUGGGCAUUUCACUCUAUUGAACUAAUUUUGAAGGGUUUUCAUCUACAAAACCCCUUAAAAAGCACAGCAUUAGAGUUUAGUCAGCUGGUAUCUUGAAGAGAAAAACAUAACCAAACCACAAGAGAAGCUCUUUCCGAAGUAGCCUCAGCAGACCCCACCCGAAAAUUUAAAGUGGAAAAUAGGGCAAGUGAAUGAAAUAAUGCGCGCAGGUUAUUUCCGAAGUCCUAAGACUACUAUAUUUCACUAAAAUACUUAUAAAAUACUUAUGUUAUUGCCAGAAUUCCUAGAAAACGGGUUAUUCUUAUUUUUCUUUUGCAGUUGUAUGCGACUCUGGACACCGUGGCCAUGAACUCGGAUGGUUCUAAAAGACGAAGUGAAGAAAGUAAACCUGAACCGACUCAAUACGCAAGUACUGAUUUUGAAAGAUCUGGAGAGGUGCCGAAGGCUGACCUUGUGUGAGCAGGAAAACGGUAAGUGCGUUUUCUUGCAAAUCGUCGUUUCUCGACAUUUUGGGGGCUUUUUUCUCCAUUCUUUCGACAGGAUUUAGUCAAACAACACUGUAUAGGGUUAUACCGUAAACAUCCGAAUAUACCCCCCCCCCCGUAUAUAAACCCACCAUAUUCACUAAUGCUCAGGCUAUUCCGAAUUAAGUCCCCCAAAUAUACGUUUCCCUUCGUGUAUAAGCCUAUGGGCUACUACAUGCAGGUAUUUAUUAACACAGCGACGGGGAUUCCAACAGCUAGACGAGUGACGAUAAUUACAUUACAGACAGUAUUAUAAUAUGUUAACCAACUUGUUUUAUUACGUGUUAUAUACUGUAAGACAGUAUAUCAGUAAACCUCAUAACAUCCGCCGGCUUGUUUUGAAAGCCCUAUCGCACUAUAUUUUGCUCUAUGUUUUGUUCAGGAAAUAAAUUGGUUUUAAAAAUGUAAUAUAACAACAUUCAACAAUUUUAAUAUUCAUUUGCGUUUUAUUUUAUAGAAAAGAUGUUGGGUCGAGUGCUGUGUAUAUUGCAAAAUAUUAUAACUUAUAACUAUAAGUUGAGUAGUUAUCGAUGA